GAGCCCCUAGUGCGCCCCUGUAGUGUCUCGGGUGGUUUUUUUUUCAGUGGGUUAAUAAAAGGCAGCUGCAGCACUACAUGAGACGUGCUUUAUUUUGCAGGAGUGUUGUGUUGGCAGGCUGGAGUUUGGGUUAAACGGAAUAAGACGGUUUCACCUUUGCGCAGGUGUUUAUUGUCUGUGCGUAAAAGUGGUUUUUCUUUGGUGUGACCAUUUUCUACAUGGUCUUGUGCUGGCACGAGGCUGAGUUUUAUCCGGUAUGAGCAGAGGCAUUGAUCCUGGUGAUAUUAGUGUCAUGGUUGACUAGGUGAGCUUUACAACAACCCCUGUUUAUACUGUUAUCCACCAAUUUGGCUUGGAGUGUUUGCGCAGAAACGGUGUGUGCAAAAGUGUCUCCAAUGGCAACAAAGUGUUUUCCCUGCGUCAGAUUUUGCCUAUAAAAGCACCCCCCAAAGUGCGUAUUUUUGGUGAUGGGGGAAUUCCUCACGGGUCUGUCUGGUCACCCUGUUUCGCUUUCUCCUGCGAGAGAGACUCCUCUUUCUAUCUCCUGCUGUUCGCGCGUUUCGGCUCUCCACGGAAUUUAAACGUCACUCACGGUUGCGCGAGAGGCUUCACGCUCCAUGUGUCGCCAGUCCCCUGCCUCGCGCACAUUAAUAUUCCUGUAAGUCUCAGUCAUGAAUAACAAUUACACCGUAUACCGGGGGUAGAGGCGGGCGCUCGGUGCUCACACUCAGAGCGGCGGCAGCUCCGGGCGGAGGAAGGUUCUGCGUGGAGCUGUAGACCAGGCCGUGCCUGCAGAUAUACACACACGCGCUGCUUCUACCUGGAAUGAGUUUGGCCAUCUUGGCCCGACACUAUCUCUGCUAUCCUGCUGUUUUACCGUAAGCCCGCUCGUGACACCAGCAGAGGCUUUACAAAUGUUAGUUCACUCCUACUCCACUGCGGACCGGCAUGACGGUGUCUCGAGCCACAGCUCGCGCCUGUCCCAGCUGGGCUCGGUAUCGCACGCGGGACCCUACUCCAGCGCGCCGCCGCUGUCUCACGCGCCAUCGUCGGACUUCCAGCCGCCGUACUUUCCGCCGCCGUACCAGCCGCUCGCUCACUACCAGAGCCAGGACCCGUACUCCCACGUCAGCGACCCGUACUCUCUGAACUCCCUGCACCAGAGCCAGCAGAGCGCAUGGGGGGCGCGGCAGCGGCAGGACGCCACCGGGGAGCGGAUGGAUAGCUCGGCUCUGUUGGCGCAGCCUCGGGCCUCGCUGCCUCAGCUGCCCGGGCUGGACCCGCGGAGGGACUACGGUGUGCGGCGGCCUGAUGUGCUGCUGCACUCCGCUCACCCGGGACUGGAGCCCGGGAUGGGAGACGGACUGCUGCACGGGCUGCACGGUAUGGAGGAUGUUCAGACUAUUGAGGACACCAACGGCACCAACAUCCUGGAUCAAUCAGUAAUUAAGAAAGUCCCCAUGCCACCCAAGAACAUGGGCUCCCUGAUGCUCGGCAAGGACGGCCUCAUCGGUGGAGUCACCGUCAAUAUCAACGAGGUGUUCUGCUCGGUACCGGGCCGCCUGUCGCUGCUCAGCUCCACCUCCAAGUACAAAGUGACCGUAGGGGAGGUGCAGAGGAGACUGUCCCCGCCCGAGUGCCUCAACGCCUCCUUGUUGGGGGGCGUGUUGAGAAGAGCAAAGUCCAAAAACGGUGGGAAGUGUCUGAGAGAAAAGCUGGAGAAGAUUGGACUCAAUUUACCUGCUGGAAGACGCAAAGCUGCCAACGUCACAUUACUAACAUCUCUUGUAGAAGGUGAAGCGGUCCACCUGGCCCGGGAUUUCGGUUACAUCUGCGAGACGGAGUUCCCCACCAAAGCCGUGAGCGAGUACCUCAACCGGCAGCACGCGGACCCCAACGAGCUGCACACGCGGAAAAACAUGCUGCUGGCGACAAAACAGCUGUGUAAGGAGUUCACAGACCUGCUGGCCCAGGAUAGGACUCCCCUGGGCAACUCAAGGCCCAGCCCCAUCCUGGAACCCGGCAUCCAGAGCUGCCUCUCCCACUUCUCCUUCAUCACGCACGGCUUCGGUUCGCCCGCCAUCUGCGCCGCGCUCACCACCCUCCAGAACUACCUCACCGAGGCUCUCAAAGGACUCGACAAGAUGUUUCUCAACAACCCUCCCAACAACCGGCACGGGGACGGCGGCAACAAGGCCGACAAAGAGGAGAAGCAGCGGAAAUGAAGCAGGAGGGGAGGCAAUGAAGGAGAGCCAAAAGGGAGGCAGACACACAGACAGAGGCGUUACACCGUUACUUCUAGCUUUACACCACUGCCACUGACCUGCCACACACAGGGCCGAGGUGGAGGAGGAGGAGGAAGAGGAGGAAGGCUUGAUAGAGAGAAAAAAAGGCAGAGUAAGACACCUGUGGGCCAGUGUCAGAGAGCACAGAGGGAUGUUUCAUCUGUGUUACGUUCUUUUCAUUCCCCUGAGGACAUGAUGGUUACUGUGUUACAUCCAUUUCGCUCCCCCUGCCUGCAUCCCGUAAGACUGAGAUGCUGUGAGCAGCCAACAAACAACAUUGUGUGUGUGUGUGUGUGUGUGUGUGUGUCUGAGCGAGUGUGUGUGCGCGCUUGUGUUUGUCCUCACACAGAAAAAGCAUUGUGGGUAUGAAGAUUGGGUGAUGAGCAUUCUAUCUGUGAAACAGGUUUGUCUGGUGACUUAACACAAGUACGAGGAGGGAGGGAGGGAGUUAAUUUAUGUGUGUAAAUAUUUAUUUAUAUUAAUUUAAAUGGAUGGUUGUGUAAAUAGGUGCACCAGCUACUUUGGAGUAGGCCUAUUUAUCUGUGAUUCGACCUUUGUGAGCCGGCGGGGGGAGGCAGGACUCAUCCAGUGUUUUUCUGUUCUUAUAGAGCUGUUGUCAUGGUGCUGAUGAUGGGUAGACAUGCUUCUAAUUGUCCAGUGAUUUCAUUUCUAUCACAUUGAUAAUAAACCAUGUGUUUUAUUAUGCGA